AUGGACUUGGUCGCACCCAGGCAAGAAUUCGCCGCUUUUGGGUUUCCGAAAACGUCUCCAGUAGUCACCCGCUCGCAAGCGCGUGAGGCUGCUAGCCGCAGCGCCACCGAGAACCUCGACAGCUCCUCUCGAACACAUUCAACCCCCUCUCCAACAAUCCCCGGUGACUUCGACCGCGACGAAGAAGACGAGAUAGACCAAGAACUCCAGGACGACUUCGACGAAGAACCAAUCCCUUCGACCGCCGAAGAACACACUUCAUCCCCCGAGCUUCUAGGCCUCACUACUUCCGACUACGACUUUUCGACUCCUGAUCUUUUUGAACGAUCCAGUUCUUCGCCCAAACCCGAGGAUCCCAUCCCAGCUACUUCGAAUCUCGUACUUCCGACUCCGUCUUCUUUUCGCGCCCACGCUCAGCCGCCCAUCGCAUCCUCUUCGCGACUCUCAGUCAUACCUACAUCCGACCUGGCACCUCCGCCACUAUUGGCACCUUCGAACGCAGCUUCGAACUCCAACCCCGCACCGCCCGCACCUACGAUUCCUUCAACUACUACCGCGUCCUCUUCGAGCCCCGCUCCUACUAACACCACGAACAUGAGUCAGAACACGAACACACCAUUGAUGCCCCCGCGCGGUCAUUCGACGGCACCAAGCUUCGACCCAUCGGAAAUUACCGACAAAGCAGCCAAGAAACAGUGGGCCGUUCGGUACCCUUCGAUCGACGUCGCUGACUUAUGGGAAACCAUUGAGUCCUUCAUCGACGUAGCCAAGAGCUACAACAACUGGAAAGCCGAUAUACGAGCACUCUAUCCUGGCGCCGACGAUACAAGAAAGUGGUCGCUGGCGGACAUGGAUCAGCUCAUCGGUGUCGCGACUUGA